ACUGAAGUAGUGAAUUAAGGUCUUCAUUUUAAUUACCACGUAUGCUUCUACUAAAAAGAUUUAAACAAAUCUGAAAUUUAAUGACAAAAGAAAUGUGGCCUUGAUGGCAAAUAAUUUUUCAAUAACCCAGUUGACCUGACACAGAAUCAACACUGGUUAAAUUAUCUCUCGCCUUGACUGUCUAAUCAGCUGACACACAAACUAUACACAAUUCACACACAGUACACUUAGGUUAACAGCUUAAUUAUCAACAAAUCCAAGUCACAAGACCCAAAUAUUUAAACUAAACAUUUGUUUCAUAGUAGUCUGGAUUGCUGUGGCUCAACACUGCAGACUUUAAUUACGAGAUACUUGGAACCUAACAACACAUAACUUGUGACAAUUAAGUAACAACAUGGCAACAGCAGCAGUAUCAACAUUAUUGUUAAUGAUGAUAUUGCCAGCAUUGGCAGUUAACCCACUACCUGAUACAAGGGGAGACUGGAGACAAGAUAGGAAUCCUAAACCAGAACCAAAAUUCUAUCCGCAAUUCAUCCACACUGUUGGAAACUCAGCAAGUACUGUGCCAAAGUACAAAUAUGGAGUCCUUUUCAGUGAGAAACCUCAACACCAUCAAAAAAAUUUAAAACCGACAUUUUCUCACCACCAUAGAACACCUACUGGUAAAGAUGGAGAAUUGAUUGGGAAAGCAGCAGAGUCUGUUUUAAAAUUUUCUGAAGCCACGCCAGACCAAACUGGAGGCACACAUAUAAGACAGAGACCAGGGUAUGCUGUACCUGUACAUGGUGUCCAGUGUCCACAGGUGUGCAGGUGUGACUUCCACACAGGUAUGACAAACUGCAGCCGUGAGGGACUUGAGCAGAUUCCAUCAGGUAUUCCACCCAACACAACUCAGCUGGAGUUAGCCAACAACAACCUGGUAGACCUACCUGAUAUGGCCUUCAGUGAUCUAUUUCAGCUCCAGGAGAUAGGUCUCAGUGGGAACUACCUAAACUUAAGCAGUUUCCAUGUCUCCACCUUCAAGACAAAGAACCCCACGCUGACCACACUGGACCUCAUGGGGUCCAACCUCCCCGAGGUGCCCCCUUACCUACCCCACUCCCUUACGUACCUCUACCUGAUACAGUGUGGGGUGAGGACUCUGAGAAAUGAGUCAUUCCUGGGAACACCUCUCCUAGAACACCUGGAUCUGUCAAAUAACCAGAUCACUGAGCUCCCAGGUGGGGUGUUCAAACCUCUCUCCAGGCUCCAGGUGCUGUACAUCAGUUUUAACCAGAUACUUUGUGUACCUGAGGGACUGUUCUGGGGAAAUCAGAUGCUCAGUAUUCUGAGUCUAAGAUUUAAUCAGCUCAAAGAAAUCCCAAAAGGGGCAGAGAUGUAUCCUCUCAGAAUUGAACACCUUGAUUUUGUUGGAAACCCAAUUACAACUGUCCCAGCCAGAGUCUUUGAAAACCUAACCCAGCUUCAAACCCUGGAAAUCUGGCAAUGCAGCAGUCUUACAACCAUCGAGGAUUAUGCCUUCUCAGGCUUGGGAAAUCUCCAGAUCCUUGAUUUGAAUGAAUGCAACAUUAGCAAUGGGAUAACAAACAAGACUUUCCAAGGACUGACAACAUUAUGGGAACUGUAUGUCUAUGGCAACAAGAUACGGAGUAUGGAGGCAGGGGGAUUGCUUCCCAUGAAAGCACUUAGCUCCCUGUGGCUACAAGACAACAAGUUCUCCACACUAGAAGAAGGCUCCAUCAGCAAGGUGACCAACCCCAAACUGUCUGAGGUCUUCUUAGAAUUCAAUCCGUGGAUCUGCGACUGCCACCUGCGCUGGCUGAGAGAGCAGAUGGACCGAGGGAAUUUCACCAUCAUGGAUCCACACCUGAUUGUGUGCUCAGGACCAGAACAUAUCAAAGGAAAGGCUUGGGACCAACUGAAGCCUUCUGACUUUGUCUGCACAUAACAUAUAUCAAAGGAAAGGCUUGGGACCAACUGAAGCCUUCUGACUUUGUCUGCACAUAACAUAUAUCAAAGGAAAGGCUUGGGACCAACUGAAGCCUUCUGACUUUGUCUGCACAUAACAUAUAUCAAAGGAAAGGCUUGGGACCAACUGAAGCCUUCUGACUUUGUCUGCACAUAACAUAUAUCAAAGGAAAGGCUUGGGACCAACUGAAGCCUUCUGACUUUGUCUGCACAUAACAUAUAUCAAAGGAAAGGCUUGGGACCAACUGAAGCCUUCUGACUUUGUCUGCACAUAACAUAUAUCAAAGGAAAGGCUUGGGACCAACUGAAGCCUUCUGACUUUGUCUGCACAUAACAUAUAUCAAAGGAAAGGCUUGGGACCAACUGAAGCCUUCUGACUUUGUCUGCACAUAACAUAUAUCAAAGGAAAGGCUUGGGACCAACUGAAGCCUUCUGACUUUGUCUGCACAUAACAUAUAUCAAAGGAAAGGCUUGGGACCAACUGAAGCCUUCUGACUUUGUCUGCACAUAACAUAUAUCAAAGGAAAGGCUUGGGACCAACUGAAGCCUUCUGACUUUGUCUGCACAUAACAUAUAUCAAA